AUGGGCGCGGUGAUUCCGGCUCCAGCGACCCCCGCCCCCGGCAGCCUGGCGGUUGUGUUUCCUGCGGGCGGGCACGCGGUGCACUUGUGGGUGUCGGUUAUUGAAAUUCGGUCACUUUUUUUCUGUCUUUGUGAGGAGAAGUCAGAAGAGGAAAGGCUAGUGACCAGGUGUCUGACAAAUUAUUCUCAGGACCCAGUGACCUUUGAGGAUGUAGCUGUGGAAUUCACCCAGGAGGAGUGGAUUUUGCUGGAUCAAACUCAGAGAAGGCUGUGCAGAGAUGUGAUGCUGGAGAACUACAAGAGUCUGGCUGCAGUAGAUUGGGAGAUUUGUCUUAAUACCAAAUGGUCAGCACCUCAGCAGAAUAUUUUGCAGGGGAAAACACCAAAUGUGGUAGAAAUGGUAAGAUUCUCAGUGUGUAAUUCCUUGUCUUCCACACCAGUGGAAGAUGGGAAAUUCCAUAAGAUAGAAAAGCAACAUGAUAACCAUAACAGACAUUUGGGGCUAGUGUUAUUCGUACCAAACGAAACUGUUUCUCACAGAGUCUCUGAGCAUUAUGAAUUUGACAAACCCUUUAAAUACUCCCCAAGAUAUAUUCACACAGUGUUCACUCAGUAUUUCCAUAUACAUAAUUUAGAUACAGUUUUGGAUAAGUAAUUUCAUCUCAAUCAAUUAUCAACUAAACUCUGUAAAAGUCCCUGUGAAAGUAAAGAAGACUACAACAGAACUUUUUAGCAGAAUGGUUAUUUCAUUCUGCUUGAAAGCACUCAGGUCUGGAACCAUGCAUUGCAUGCAGUGAAAAUGGAAGAAAAAACAAAAAACUUCAGUCAUACUGAUUUGUUUCCUGUGUAGUAGAACAGAAUUCAAGGCAGAGGGGAGGAUCUCUGAAUGUAGUAAAGCUGAAAAACUUUUGUAAGUCAUCAUCAUCUCUUCAUCAAUAGGAGAGAAGCCAUACUGGAGAGGAAUUGUUUAAUUUUAACCAUUGGGAAGAAGCCUUGAGUGAACACUCCUUUAAGAUUUACAGAUUACUCACAUUAGAAAGAAAACUUGUGAGUGCAACCAGUGUGUAAAAGCCUUCACAAAGAACUCUGCCCUUAAUCUAUACAACAAAACCCAUGAUGGAGAAAAGCCUCCUAAGUGUAAUCAGUGUGAAACAGUUUUUAGCCAAAAUCCACAUCUGUUCGUGAGAAAACUUAUACUCGAAAGAAACCCUAUAAAUGCACAGACUGUGGGAAAGGCAUUCCUUCCCACCUUAGAGAAUGUGUAAGAAUUCAGAGUGGAGAAAGGCCACAUACCUUUAAGGAAUGUAGGAAAGCUUUUUCUCAUUCUACAGGCCUUUUUGAGUAUAUGCAAAUGAACAAGAGAAAAAAGUCCUACAAAUCUAAAGAAUGUGGGAAAACCUUUAUUUGAUCUUCUUGUCUUAUUCAUCAUUUAAGAGCUCAAAGUGAACUGAUGCCUAUGGAAUGUAAGAAAUUUGAGAAAGCCUUUCCUUGUUCCCCAAAUCUUGCUAAAUGUAUACGAUUUCCUAUGAGAGAGAGACACACUGUGUUUGCAAGGAGUGUAGUAAAGAGUUUACUUGUUUCCCAGAACUUAAUAUUCACAUGUGAGUUCACACUGGAGAAAAACCAUAUGAGUGUAGUAAAUGUGAGAAAACCUUCACCAGUUCUUCAGGUCUUAUAAAACAUGAACUCACACUGGAGAGAAGCCUUAUGAAUGUAAGGAAUAUGGGAAAGCCUUUAGUAACUCAUCUUGCUUUAAAAGUCACAUGCAAACUCCCUUGAGUAAAACCCUAUAAUUGUAAGCAGUGUGGGAAAGCCUUUAAGAAUUCACAGUAUAGAAAGAACUUUUGAAUGUAAGGAGUAUGGGAAGUCAUUUAGGUAUUCUUUGCACUUUAGUCAACAUAACACAUACUGGAGAGAAGCCAUAUAAAUGUAAAAAGGGUGGGAGAGCCUUCACUGUUUCAUCAGGCCUUACAGUACACAUGAGAACUCACACUGGUGGAUGACCUUUUGAAUGUAAGGACUGUGGGAAAGCCAUUACCCGGUCCACAUACCUUUUUUUUUUUUUUUUUAAGAUUUUAUUUAUUAUUUGUUAGAGCACAAGCAGGGGGAGUAGCAGGCAGAAGGAGAAGCAGGCUCCCUGAUGAGCAAGGAGCCGGAUGCAGGACUCGAUCCCAGAACCCUGGGAUCAUGAUCUGAGCUGAAGGCAGACACUUAGCUGACUGAGCCACCCAGGUGUCCCUCAGUCCACAUACUUUAUUCAACAUUUAAGAACUCACAGUGGGGAAAAGCCAUAUAUAGAUGAGGAAUGUGGGAAAACCUUUUCUACUACUUCAUACCUUAAAGAAUGUAUCAGAUUUCACUCUUGAGAGAAGCUUAUGCUUGCAAAGAAUAUGGGAAAGCCUUUAAUACUUUCUCUUAGAAAACACAUACUAAUUCAUAGUGAAGGCAACCUUAUUAAUGAGGAAUGUAGGAAGCCUUUAGCUCUGCCUUAUACUUUACUACUCAGCUCUGAUUUCACAGGUAUGAAAAAUCUUAUAAAUGUAAAAAGUGUAGGAUUUUUUUAAAAUUCUUAUCCCCCACUUUGGGAAAACAUGAGAGCACACAUUAGGAGAGAUCCCAUGAGUGAAAGGGAUAUAGGAAAGCCUUUGAUUAUUCUUUGUUAUUAGGAAACAUAAUUCACACUGGAGAGGAACUGUAAAUUAUAAAUCUAGGGAAGAUGGAAAAGACUAUGUUAAUUUAUGUUACAUGUAAUAAAUCACAUUGGAGAAAUUGUGUGUGAAUGUAAAAACAGUGCUUUCAGUAAAUAUCUUACAUAUUUUUUUAAAAAUUGUGAAGUUCUAAAAGGGUUUUUUAAAUAAAAAACCUUUGUUACAAAAGGUUUUUUGUUUUGUUACAAAAGAUUUUUGAAUAAAGCCUAAAAGUGUAAAAAAUUUGGGAAAGUUUUAGAGUACAAAUCUUCACUUCCUGCAUACAAAAAAGUUGAUACUGUAAAAGAAAACCAUUUUUAUUUAAAUGAAUUGUCUCUGUGUGUCUUUUCUCAAAGUAGACCAAUAGUUUUAAAUACCAAUGAUGUUGAACAUCUUUUCACAUACUUGUCAUCCAUUUAUCUUUGGUGAAAUGAAUGUUCAAAUAUCUUUUUUUCUUAUUAGAGACUUUGGUUUGUUAUUAUGAGUUUGGUUUUCUUAAUGAACAGAUUUUUUUUGAGGUAUAAUUGCCAUGCA